CGUCGGCAUGCGUUGUCAUCCGACGCCAGCUGACCGUCAUCCUUUUCAUAGGCAUUCUGGCUCAAAACGUUAGCCCGUUUACCUCACAGCUCGCGUUUGUCCAUUGAGGCAUGCCCCUUACGCCCGAGAAGACCAGCCCGCUGAAGAUGGACGGCGCUGCUUCGGCCGCUGGCACGGACGGCGGCGCAGCUCUGCGAGCGUCCGCGAAGUUGACGCAGGUCUUCUUGGCGGCGCGCGACCAGCAGACGGCCGAGAUCCUCGACGAGAUGGGCGACGAUUUGGAGCUCCAGCUCCUAGUCAAAAACUUCAUCAAGCAGUACAAAUCCGAGAAAUCCAUUGCGGAGCAGAACCUCAUGAGCAUCGGCGAUAUGGUCCAGAACACGGUGUCGAGCCGCAAGCGGAAGGCCGAGGGCGAGGCAGUCGUGGAGGAGGACUCUGGCGACGACGACGAGCCCGAGAGCCAGAAACUUCGCAGGGGCCAGCUCGUAUUCGCGAGCUGGGCAAAGAAGUUGAUCGAUGCUUGCCUCUUCUUCGUGGACCGCAAAUGCAUGGACAAGAUGACGCUGAAGGCGCUCACGCUGCUGAGCAAACAAGAAUUGAUGGAGAUCGGGUUCGAUAUCGCCAUGUUUGGGGACGAACUCGACCGCGUGGCGGUCGAUGACACCAAGGAGCUGUUCAAGUGCAUGAAGAAGCUCUACGUGUUGUUGGGCAGUCGGUGGCAGUACCUCGAAAUCAACACGGAGCACGGGACCAUCGUGUGGGACAGCUGCGCGCCGUGGACCAUUCGUUCGCAAAGCGAACAAGGGGUGACUGUCGUUUUGCGCGCAUGGGCCGUCCCAGUGAAAGGUACCGCCGAGGAGGAGAAGGACGUCGUGGUGGAGGUCGGGCCGACUCACCUCCUCGACGACAAGGGCCCGUUCACCGUGACGUCGCCGUACAGCAUCCGGCGUGCUGCGCUGCUUUCGGAAUCCACUGGCGAGCAGUACACCUUGUAUUCGAUGAUCCCCCAGUUCCGCCGCAGGCUGGCGAAGAGGCCCUCGGAGGUGGAGGGCGUCGCCAACCAGAUGCGCAAGACCGUGGCGCAGGCCAAGGCGGAGGCCUCCAGCAAGAAGGCGAAGGCGAAGGCCCCCACUGUCAAGAGGCUGGGCCCCGCAAGCGCUGCCGAAACGGGCGCCUCCGGCUCCGCGGGGCCAGCGGGGGGGAAGGCCGCGGGGCCCGCCACUGCAACGGGUCCGAAAGCAUCUGCGCCGAAGGCGGCCGCGCAGGCGGGCGGGGGGCCGGCGGGCGCUGUGCCGGGCGCGGCGCCCGAGGGCCCGACAGGGCCCCCUGAUGCAGCAGCCGCUGAGCAGCCAGCAGCCGCUGAGCAGCCAGAGCAGGAGUCUCCCCCGUCGCCUCCUCCUGCGGAGGUUGCGGGAGGCAGCUGAAGAAUUCGACCGAUCGUCUUGGGGUUGCCCAGGUGGGCGAGCUCUGUUUUGCCGCCUAGAUGCUCGCGUGUUUUGCCGCCGCCUCCCACCCAGGCGCGAAACACUUUUUGUCGUCUGCGGAACGUGCUCUUUGGCAAACGCCUGCCCCGAUGUGGAACGAGAGCCGCCGCCUCUGCAGGUGGGGGCCCCGCCAGGAGGCCCUCUAGCCACUUGCCGGCGGCGGAUUUCGAACCAGCGCGCUCUUGGCAGGGUGUGUACAUAGCUAGGUUGGCUUUGACAAAAAAGCUCCGCCCGGAGCAUUUUUUAAGCUGCCGCGCUUCUCGAUUUCGUCUGCGCGGGUGCUUUAGGUAUCUCGGGGCGGUCUGCUAUGCAUGACGCCGCAGAUCAUCAUCGUCAUCGUUGUCCAGCUGCCAGCGGCUCGUCCCGCCACCGUGACAGUCUAGCUUUAUGGGCGUCAGCUGUGCGAGGGAG